AUGGCGGACGUUGUUGAGACCUUCACUUUUCAGGCAGAGGUCAAUCAACGGUCGAGCUUUGUCGGUAACUCUUCUGAUGCCUCAGACAAGGACAAAGCCAUCUCUUUCUUUCAUACAUGGAGUCAUUUUGCUUUAUCAAUGGAGGUUGUGGUUACGCAAGCAUUGUCAAACUUUGAUCGCCAAUCGAAGUCUCCCUUCUCUUACCUCAGCAUUUCCAUGGUCGACCUCUAUUCUCCUCUGAGUUUUGAGUUUUUUGACGAGUUUGUGAGUGGAAUGUUUGAUGCGACGCUGAACCCCUCUUCUCGGUCAAGUGAGGUGAUGGCUAUGAAGCUUCAGAAAGUUUGCAAGAGUUUUCGUAAAUGGCGGAAGUUGGUCGAUUCGGCUGUCAUAGCUAAAGAGUUGUGGUGGAUUUUUGUUAUGAGCACCUCAAAGAAAUUUUACGUUAGUAAGAAGAAGAACAGGAGGAGAAAGGGAGAGAGAGAGAGAUUGAGAAUAGUGGCGAUGGCGAGUUUGCGUUUGAGGAGACAAGAGAGUAGUCCACGGCAGCAGGAUAGUCUGAGGAGUCCGGAGGCGGAGCUAGGGGUGAAGGUGGAGGAUCUGUGGGACGUGCUGGAGCCACAGUUGAGUCCUACUAAGAAGCUUAAUGCUUGUUUUGAGGGCAUCCCUGUCUCUGCUUUUCCUCUUGCACCUUCCUCUCAAUUGAUUGAGAUAAAAUCAGACACAAGUCUAGCUGAAGCUGUUGAAAUAAUGGCCCAGAACAAAAUUCUUAGUGCACCUGUUGUAGAUGUUAAUGCAUCAGAGGAUGCAAGUUGGAUGGAUAGAUACAUUGGAAUUGUUGAGUUUGCUGGAAUUGUCGUGUAGAUUUUGCAUCAGACAGAACCUCCUUCUCCUAAGAGUCCAAAUUCCCCCACAGCUUUUUCUGUUGCAGUGAAUGGCAGAGGCAAGGCUGUUGAACUUGAGAAUUUAGGUCCUGAAUCUGCUGCAAUGACUUCUGGAAACUUUUUUGAAGCUUUGACUACUUCUGACUUAUAUAAGAACACAAAGGUUGGGGAUGUCUCAGGGUCAUUCCGGUGGGCCCCAUUCCUUGCAUUGCAAAGCUCCAACUCCUUCUUGACUAUGCUUUUGUUGCUUUCAAAGUACAAAAUGAAGAGCAUUCCUCUGGUUGAUUUGGAUGACGGGAAGGUUAAUAACAUAAUCACCCAAUCUUCAGUUGUUCACAUGUUAGCAGAAUGUGCUGGUCUUCAAUGGUUUGAAAGCUGGGGAACAAAAAAACUUUCAGAAAUCGGUCUUCCUGUGAUGUCAGCUAAGCAAAUUAUCAAGGUGGGUCCAUCCAACCAAGAGUACAAGGUAACUAGAUUGAGUGAGAAACCCUGCAGAGAGCAGAUGUUUUCACUCAAGCAGAAAAAUGUGAGGGAUGAGGAUGGUGAAGUUCAGUCCCAGGAAAUAACUGUUUAUGACUACUUUGUCAAUCAUCGCAAUAUGGAUUUACGAUAUUCGGCAGAUAUUCCUUGCAUCAAUGUUGGGAAGCCAAAGCGCCCUACGUAUAUCCCUCUUAAGCUUUGUUCUUUGGUUUCCUUACAACGUUACACAAAAGCUCUUAACACGCUACAGAGAGCUUCGCUUGUGGAAAAAUCAAGGCAGAAGCCGCAAGAAAGGAUGAAUACAUUAUCUAAUGUUCUACGAAAUGGCAAGUGUGAUGCUGAACCAAUGCUACAUUCAUGUGGCAUUUCAAUGAGUACUAAUUUUGCUAAAGUGGAAGGCCGUGUUCUGUCCGCCCCAAGGUUCAAAGUAGGAAAUGGUGAGGAUUUCUUUCGUCGAAAUGGGCGGUGGAAUUUCGAUAAUAAGAAAUUAGUGGAGCCAACAAAGAUAGAACGAUGGGCUGUUGUAAACCUUUCUGUGCACUGUGAUAUUCGCAGCCUUGUUCGUGAUCUGAUAAAAUGUGGCGAUAUGAAAGGCUUGAAGGAAGACUUGCUAAAGGAACAGCUUGAAGGUGUAUCAGAAUACAAGUAUUCUUCCCAUAGAGAUCUUGAAUUGCUUAAUAAGUGGAAAGGGUUGUCGGAUUGCAAGUGGACUUGGGAAUCAUGCAACAACUUUCAAUAUCUUUUUCCCCAAUCACACCUUGAGGACAAGGUGUCUCUCCAUGGGAGGGGUAAUGUUAGGGAUUAUGUUUAUAUGAAGAAAAGAAGAAACACAAGUGGCAAUGCUAGGAGGAUAACAAGUAGCAGUCAACUAGCAAGUCAACUUGUACUAAAACAUACUCAAUCUGCAGGGGAACAUGCAGCACAGCAGAAGCCUCCAAAUCAGGAUACGCAAUCAGAAUGUGGGACCACUAAGAUAUCCCAAGAUCAAGUAGCAAUGCUGGAUUAGGAAUACAGGGAAAUGGAGAGAUAAAAAGAAACCUGGAGCGGAAGAGAAAAGGAGGGAAAAAUUUGAGUAGAGUGAGCGGGAGAGAGUCAGCCUCUCGGAAGCUGAACAAGGGAGCCCUUGGCUAUGGUUUUUGGAGUUGUUUUGUGAAUUCUUUUGGAAAUCAGUUCAAUGUUAUUUGGAUGUGCUUUGCUGGAGUCUGUAAUUGUUCUGUAAUUUUGAGUUAAUCCUUUGUAAUAGCUGGGAAAUAGUCAUUGUAUUGGUAGAAGACUGCUGUAAACAAGUUUAUAAUUUCAUCAAUACAAUACAUAUUUUUCUGCUCUA